GAUUAGUCCUGCUGUGUGGAGUUAAGUCUGGAGGCGGAGGAGGAGCGCCAGCAUCGUUAGGGAGGAAAAACCACGUCACUCUGUCAAAAAGUGCAAUCUGAAUUUAGAGAGAAAGUUUCAACCACACCAGAUUCUUGCUUGUCUCCUAGAGGGAUUUAUACAAAAGAUGCAGACGGGAUUUCGGUUAAACCUGAGCCCAGUUAAAGAGCCACUGGGCUUCAUCAAACUGGUGGAGUGGUUUGCAGCUAUGUUUGCUUUUGGAUGCUGCGGUGGUUACAGUGGCAGGAAUGUGAUUUCCCUGUUAUGUGGUGAAGGAAAAAAUGAGACCCUUAAUGUCACUUUUACAUACCCAUUCAGGUUAAACCAGGUGCUGUUGGUUGAAGACAAUGCGACUCUGUGCAACCGCACCAUGUCUGCCACACAUCUGAUGGGGGAUUCUUCAUCCUCUGUUGAGUUUUUCGUGGCCGUGGCUGUCCUGGCGUUCCUCUAUUGCAUGAUAGCUCUGCUGGUGUACGUGGGCUACAUGCACGUGUACCGGGAUUCUGACUUUGGCCCAGUGUUUGAUUUUUUGGUGACAGCAGCAUUUGCGUUUCUGUGGCUGGUCUGCUCAUCAGCCUGGGCACAAGGGCUGCAGAAAGUCAAGCAUGCCACCGGGACGGAGGGCAUCUGCACCAGUCUGAAGUCUCAGGUCAACUGUGAGGUCACUGAAUUUUCCAGCAUGCGCACGCUGGAUAUAUCAGUGGUGUUUGGCUUCCUGAACCUGAUCAUCUGGAGUGGUAAUGCCUGGUUUGUUUACAAGGAAACAUGUUGGCAUUCACAGAAGCGCAGUUCUCGACAGGAGGCAGAGCGUGGCCGGGGCCCUGGCCCUAUCUAGAGGCAUCUCCCAGGCAAGCACAUGACCGUAUCGACCCACAAACUCCAUGGACUCUUUUGUUUCAAAAGUGAGUUAGGAAUCUGUCUCAUUUGUGUAAGAAUUUUCUGCUUCUUUUCUCCUCAUACUCAUAUUCUUUAAAAAAAUUUUUAAAUAUAGUCAACAUAAACUUUUGUCCAGCUUUUUUUGCCAAUUUUUCUAUUCUUGCAUACAUAUAACCUCAGCAUAGAUUUCCUUACAUUUGCCACAAGUAUUAUGUUGUAUGCGAGCCUUUUAGUAAAACAAAGUUUGUUAUGAAUUAUUUUGAAAUAGUUUUCAUUUAGAGGUGAAUGUAAUUUCUUCAAGUUGAAUAUCUUCUUAGAACGACAUCUAUUUUUACCAAACGCUAAUGUACACCAGUUUACCAUCUACCACUGCUGAGAAAAAGGUUUUUUACUUACCUGUGCAAUUUCAUAUCAUAUAUUUAAUUAUAUAUACUGGAACAUUGAACAUAACUGGGUGUAGUCCACCAUUUAACCCAGUUUAAGCUUAUUGGGAGUGACUGAGGAGUGGGAGCAGCACUGUUGAUAUCAGAUCCAGGAAGAACUGAAGUGAUGUUGCUUUAGGAAAGUAUUUCACUUGGAGAAAUCUUGUACAUUUUGAACAUUGUGAAUUGUUUUUUUUUCUGACUACUUAUAUAUCUGUGAAUGUUUAUGACGUUUAAUGCCUUUUUGUUGCAAUAUCUUUUAUAUUUAAUGAAUAAAACUGAGAUUGAUCUAAGAUCUGAGAAA